AUGAAGAGGCUGGCCCGGCCAGGGGCGAGCGGCUGGCACCGAACCCCGCGCACCUCGCCGCGCGCGGGGCUGGGCCGUAGUCGGCUCGAUUUAAGGCUGGUAUCCAAGGCUGCGGCCGGUCAGGCGAGGCGAGGCGAGGCGACCAACCCGGCCGACAACCCGACCCGGAUCCCGAGCUGCGUCACGGACAAUGCCGCGGGCCCGUCCCGGACUACGACUCCCGACGGGCUCUGCGACCGCUCCGGGGCGGCCCAGCGUGCACUGCGCCGGCCAAAGGAGUGUGGUCCACUGGAGGACUCCCUACAUUCUUCCUCCAUUACCGCACUGCCUCCGGUGGCUGCUGGGAUACCGGAGGACUCGGGUCCCGGCUCGACUCAGUCUUCCAGCCGCCCGGGGAAUACCUCUAGUUCUUCCCGGCCGCCGCCGCCUCCGCCCCGCCGCUUCCUCCUCCGCCUGCCGGCCUCCUUCGCCCCGCCGCGUCCGCGCAGCGCGUCCGGCCCGCCCGCAGGCCAGCUUCUCUCGGGAGCCCCCACCCAGGCGCAUGGCUCCAUGAAGCAAGAGGAGGAGGCAGAGCGCGAGAGGUCACGUCCGCCCCAGCCGCGUCUGGGCCAGGAGAAAAGCAAAACCAUAUUCCUGCUGCUGUCAGUUAUGAUGCACUGAGAAAACUUCAGAGACCUAAGCUUUUUCCAGAGAAGAGAAGCUUUACUGGUGUUCCAGCCCUAAGGCUCAUAUGACAUUAACAGACAAGACACUUUUCAGAAAGACAGGGAACUGUGGAAGUAAACCAGGGGUGACAUGGAUUAUCAAAUAUUGUGGAUCAGGUGAGCUCUAGGCUUCUCAAUGCAAGGUUGUUCUUUUGGGCCACAUCUAAGAAAUCUUUGUCUAGCCAAAAGCCACAAAUAAUUUCUCAUUUUUUGGCUUCUGGAAGAUGUACAGUUAAAUGUUAUAUUUGGGACUGUUAUCUAAUUUGAUUAAAUUGCACUCUACAAUAUGA